CUCAUUCUCCCUCCCUUCCUCUUUCUCUCGCUUCCUCGUUCUCAUACUACCCGGCACUUGAAAAAAAGAGAGAAGCCCUGCUUCAUGGCUCAGAGAAUGAGCUCUGCCUCUCAGCUGCAGACCGAGAGAAGAGAGGAGAGGAGAGGAGAGAGAAGGGGAGAGAGGGAAAAGGAAGGAAUAAAGAGGAGAGGAGAAAGGCAGCGACACACUUGCAUCUGUUGUGGCACCGUCCUGCAACCGAGAAGCAAAUGAGAGAGUGUGAGAGCGGUAGAGAGAGUAUGCCAGAGUGAGAGGAGAGAGAGAAAGAGAGGAGAUGUCAGACAGCCGUGUCCUUGAGAACUGCACCACAACUCUUUGAAGAGAGCCGGGAGACGUAUCUGAGGACUGAGCACACCUUACAGCAGUUACCUGAGUAGAAGAAUAUCAGAUCACGGCAGCAAGAAUAAACAACAGCGAGAAGGACAAAGAGGAACAGGAGAAAAGAGGAAAAGGAGGAUGCAGAGUGGAUCCCAGUCCAUAACGUCAUGAAUGAACUUAUCGAAGGGGCCAUUGGUGAACAGCAGCAGUGAAGAUAACUCCAAGUCAACCUUUGGUAAAUGCGGCGCUGGCGCCUGGAGGAUGCACCAGAGCUACGAUCCACUGGAGGCCAACCACAUGAGAGACGCACAUGCCCUCUACAAUCCCAGGCUUCUCUGCAGAAUGUCCAGUAAGGAGCGCCACCUUGAGUCCAACUGUCCGUCCUCUUAUAUAAAGACUGAGCCGUCUAGUCCUGCCUCCCUGACUGACAGUCUAAACCAUCACUCCCCUGGUGGCUCCAGUGACGCCUCAGGCUCAUAUUCGUCUACGAUGAACGGCCACCCCAACGGCUUAGACUCCCCAAGCCUUUACGGCUCCAACGCAGGGCCUCUGGGUCCUGCUGGUGGCCCCGGAUCAAAGCGUUACGAGGACUGUUCGUCAACUAUUGGUGAAGAUUCACAGAUUAAGUGCGAGUACAUGCUGAAUUCGAUGCCCAAGAGGCUGUGUCUGGUGUGCGGGGACAUUGCGUCAGGGUACCACUAUGGAGUGGCAUCCUGUGAGGCCUGCAAGGCCUUCUUCAAACGCACCAUCCAAGGCAACAUUGAGUACAGCUGUCCAGCCACCAAUGAGUGUGAGAUCACCAAGAGGAGACGCAAGUCGUGCCAGGCCUGCCGCUUCAUGAAGUGUCUGACUGUGGGCAUGCUGAGGGAGGGUAAGGGAAAAGGUGUUCGUCUGGACAGGGUUCGUGGUGGGAGACAGAAGUAUAAACGCCGAAUAGAUGCGGACAACAGUCCAUACCUGAACCCACAGCUGGCUCUACCCCCCAAGAAGCCAUUUGCCUUUGGCUGCCUUGCAGAUAAUAAAAUCGUCUCUCACCUGCUGGUGGCCGAGCCAGAGAAAAUUUACGCCAUGCCUGACCCAACAGUACCAGACAGCGACAUCAAGGCCCUGACUACGCUUUGUGACCUGGCAGACAGAGAGCUGGUGGUCAACAUCGGCUGGGCCAAACAUAUCCCAGGUUUCUCCACGCUGUCUUUGGCAGACCAGAUGAGUCUACUGCAGAGUGCAUGGAUGGAGAUUUUGAUCCUGCGUGUUGUGUACCGCUCACUGUCCUUUGAAGACAAGCUGGUGUAUGCUGAGGACUACAUAAUGGACGAGGACCAGUCGAAGCUAGCUGGACUUCUGGACCUGAACAACGCCAUCCUUCAGCUGGUCAAGAAAUACAAAUCCAUGAAACUAGAGAAGGAGGAAUUUGUCACUCUGAAGGCCAUUGCUUUGGCCAACUCAGACUCCAUGCACAUUGAAGAUGUGGAUGCAGUGCAGAAGCUCCAAGAUGUGCUCCACGAGGCCCUGCAGGACUACGAGGCUUCCCAGCACCAGGAGGAUCCCCGCCGGGCGGGCAAGCUGCUCAUGACCCUCCCCCUGCUCCGCCAGACCUCUACCAAGGCUGUGCAGCACUUCUACAGCAUCAAGCAGGACGGCAAAGUCCCAAUGCACAAACUCUUCCUGGAGCUGCUGGAAGCCAAGGUCUGAGUACAGGAGAAUAGAUGGAGGACAGCCAGACACCAGUCUGAACCACCUGAGCUUCACCUCAAAUUCUGAACAGCAACUUUGAAUGACCUCUUGCUCUUUUACACGCACACACUCUUACCUACACACACACACACACCCUCACAGAAACAUGUCCCUGAAAUAUGUCCGCUGCCGCAUCCCCCAGUGAAUAAACGAGUAACCUAAACCUCUUACCUGAACCCCAAAAACUCUGCCGUCUUUGAGUAAAGGGCGCUCACUUGACCUUCUUUUUUGGGGAAGAUGCUGACAGACUGACAUGACCUCCCCUACAACCAAGGGAAGAUGAUAUUUCCUUUUAAAACUAUUAACAAUCCACAUAACAGUUUCCACGGUGACUCCGAACACUGAUGACAGCAAAACAGUCACUUAUGCAUUUAAGAUGUUAUUAAUGACAAACGCUUAAAUGGGGACACAUUUAAAAGAAACUGAAAACUCUUCAUUUUAGUUCUUGAGAGACUCUUUAUGACUGAACUUGUGUCUCCUUUUCCCUCCCUUUUUCCCCCCAACAGAGUUUUUUUAAGUGUUCAAGAAGAAAACGAGUGGGGAAAAAAUGAACUCUAAAGAAGUAUUAAUGACGUUUGUUGUCAAAUUACAUGUACAAUGAAAUUUGGAUGGAUGGACAGAAAGAAAAGAAGAGGAGAGAUUUUGCCCUGCCAAAGAAUGGAGCUCAUCCAUUCAGAGGAUGCCAGCAAACUUUACUGUCACAACCCAAAACUGUUACUGGUUUGAUCUACCGGUGGCUUUCAGUCCUGGGCUUCAAGAGUACUGUUGGUUUUCUAUUCCACCAGUUAUUUGACAUUGUUGUGGUGAAAUCAAAAAACCAGCAGGGCUCAGACUUGAGGGACCAGGACUGUAAACCACAGCUGUAAACACUUUAUGGUUCUCCCUAAAUUCAGUUCCUGGUUUCCCAUGACUCCCCUGCUUCAACUUCACUAUUCGUUGUAUUUGUUGAGGACCAGUGACCCUGGCCUCCCAAACUUGUCAGUAUUACCACAGUAUCAGUGUUUCUACACUUGACGUGGCUGAAAAUGGUUCCAAAUAUUCUAACCACUUGAGGAAUGAUUAAUUGACUGAGGUUUUAAGUAAAAAUAUUACCUACGAAUAACAAAACAAGGCUGUCAAGAACAGAUUCCCGCUUGGCUAACAGGUAGACGUCACACUCUCUGUGAUGCUUUAUAUUCUGUCAAACACUCCUCUCGUGCUUGGACGUCUGUUUGAAACACUUUCAGCUGCUCAGUGGCCCCAGGUUUGCGGCUCUCCAUUUACCAGUCAGUAGAGAUUUCAGCCUGUCAAUGAGAAUAGUGCCAUUAAGAAUAGUCCAGCCCAUGCUCAUUACCCAAAACUCCGGAAAAAAAAAACUUCAGAACAUCACUUCGGUGCUUCCUCUCCUUGCUCCGUUGCGUUCACAACUUCCAGCUCAUCUCUUGCGUCAGUAGAGAGAUAUUUUUUGUGAUUCAUUCAGCGAGUGAUGAGGAAGCUUCAGUCACUCAAUGCAAUAUGAACCAGAAGGAAAGGUGUGCUGACAAAAACUGACUGAAAAACAACUAUUGUUGCUUUCAAACUCCUUUUUUUCUUAAUUUGUAUCUUGAAAAUAAUCUUAGCGAUGAUACCAAUGUUAGGGUUGUAAAUAAUUGUCAUCCUGUAUAUGACAUAUACCCCAGCUUUGUUUUUGUUAUUGAUAUUGUCUUCUUAAAACUGAAUCAAUCAAUAUGUCUUUCCUUUUUUUCAGCUUGAUCACUUUCAGCAAUUAUCAUAUAUAUAUAAAUAUAACAAGUAAUAAUGUAUUAACAAAUCAGCGUUUAUCUUAGAAACUCUGAGCAAUAGUGGUUUUUAAAGGAGGGGUUUGUGCAUAUGGACUAAGUCUGCAAUAUUAACAUAAUGUGCCAGUCUUAAAUUUGGGAGAGAGAGGAUGGGGAUUUGAGGAGAGUUUGUAGCUUCUCUUUCUCUCUGUGUAACUUGCCAUAAGCUAUUAGAUAACAGUCAAUAGUUCCUUUGUUAGUAACAGUUACGCAGGAACAAAUAUGGACCAGGAAUGUCAGGAUGAGCUGUUAAUGCUGCUGUCACAUAAACACUGUGUGAAUAAUGUGAGGGUUAAAGAGGUAACACAAGCAGCUAAAAAACUAAAAGAAACAUACUUAGUUUGCAGUUAUCACAUGGUUCUGAUGUCUGCACCUUUUUUCCUUUUUUGUGAUCAGGCACUUUUUGCUGUCACAUUUAAGCUGAUUAAAAAGAGACAGCUCAGUUCAAUAGGCUAAUACACAGUUUUUGUCCUUUUUCAGUUUAAGGUGAAAGUUUCUUUAGCCAUGUGACCGAGUGUGGGGACCAUCAAAAUAAACCAGACUAACUAUAGAUUUGUACUGAGGGAAAUGGUGCUACCAAAAACCAAACAUCAUCCAAAUAAAAAAAAUGUAACUGACAGUUUAAUGUUAGCACACUGUUCCACUUCCUGUUGUCAGACAUUUUGUUUUAAAGUUACAAAGAAAGUUGUAAGGGUUAAGAUCACUGGUCUUGUGUAUCUCAACUAAUAAAAUUAAUAAAAAGGGGCAGACAGACUAAAUUGCAUCACAAUUAUUUCAAUUUAAAUUAGCCUCUGAUUAAAGUGAACAACGAGAUCUUGCAGAGCAGUAUUUUUUAAAACAUGGCUUGAAUUAUUAGUAGUAGUUAGUAGUAGUACUAAACUCAUAGCUUUAAUGGAAGAUAGAGUUAAAACAGUGAACAUCAAAUCUGUUCCCUGUUAAAUUCAAAUAUCUAGCAACAGGAGAUGGAAAGUGAAAGCUGUCCGGAAACUGUCCCACAUUGUUGAGUAAAGAGACGCUGAUUUCAUUGUUAUGGCAAGAAUGCAUCUGGUUGACUGAUUACAGCUGUAACAGGUGAAGACAGUCAGUUUUUUAUAUCAUUAUUUAUGUAAUUUCUAAAGCCGAACUAAGAAUGCCAAAAUGUGUAAUCUAGAUGACGGUGUAAUCUAAUAUAAAAUGGCAACUUGUCACAGCUGAGGAGUGCUGCAGUUUUAAGUGUAGUUGAUCUCUAACAUCACAUGUUCUGUAUCAAACAUCAGUAUUAUUAGUAAGGGGUAUUUUCUCAGCCUUCUUAAACAUUGUAUAUUGUAAAUUAUACAGAUUAUAAUUCUAACAUAAGACAUUUUAUUGGAAACAAAAUCGAGAGAAAAAAAGAAAAAAAAAUGUAGUUCAGCCUCGAUGUGUGUUUCAUGUUUGCUGUUUUUUCUAUCAGGAAAAAACCUGUCUUAUUUUCUUUCUUUCUUUCUUUCUUUCUUUCUUUCUUUCUUUCUUUCCUCUGUCUGUUUUUGUUUUCAAGUCCUCUCUCUGUUUGAUCCCUUCCUCCUCUGUUGAGUCCUUUAAGGCAAAUGCUGUGUGCUUUUUCUUGUGGUGAUUCCCGUUCUUGUGCUGUGUGCUUCUUCUUUAGACAACACAGAGUAGACUAGAGGCCAUGUUGUCUGUCAGUCGGAUCAGUCCGCUGGGGGUCUGGGUACCGGAUUCUCUCCUAAUGAACCGAACCGGAUAUAAGGCUCUUCUUCUAGGAACUUAACUAGACCACCAGGAUCAAAUUACAGUAUUCAUCUUUACCAAACUAUACAUAAAUAAUUAAAUAUUUAGUAUCUAAAUGAAGAAACACCUUACAAGUAUUUAAAAAGGGAUCAUUUGUGUAACUUUCCUGUAGAGUAAACAAUAUACUGUAUAUCUUUAGGUUUAAAUAAAGAUGAAAUGAAAAGGACAUUUGAGUAAUUCAGAACUGUAGGUGACUCUUUUUUGAACUCGCUGUACAUAACUGCCUUCCAUACAGCUCAGCUCAACCAUUAUCUUUACUGUUUCAGCAGGCAAAAGGAGAAAAUAUGAGAAUAUGAAAACUUUUUUUCCCUUAAAUUAUUUACAUUGUUUCCAGUUAUUUCAUCUUAUUUUAAGAAAAAUAUCUGGCUUUACACAGUGAAUCUGACAGAUGAAGGACAGAACCAGCUGUGGUGUGGAUUCAAAUGUUAAAAGGAAAAAGCUUGACAUGUUUAAUUUGCUCUUGCUGUUUCUCUUCACAUAGGUUCAUUACAGUGUGGUGACAUGCUUCUGUGCUCUGCUGGAAUUAAACUGCAAAAUCCAAAAUCAACAACCUUUAAUAAACAUGUUAUUAUACUCAUUGUACCUCUUGAUACAAAUUUAUAGAUUCAUAUUAUGCACUACAAGUAGCAUAAAUUCAAAGAUUCUAAGGAUCAUCAAAGGUCUUAAACAUGAACAUUUGGAAAUAUGCAGGAAACAUAUUUUACAUCUGCAUACAAGAUAUUUGUAGGUGAAAUCCCUGAUGACAGAGUUGAAUCUCCUAUCUUGAUUGUAACUUAAAACACUGUCUCAUUGUCAGAAAAAUGGUAUUUCACCAUCAACUGUACAUUAAUCUACAUACAAGUUAUGGAGAAAAAAGGUGCUCUUUUCUUACUAUUGUUUCCUUCUGUUACUGUUUUUAUUUAUUUGUCAGGUUGUCAAACCAGUCCUUUGCACUCCUGAACAAUUCAAUACAAUGAAAGAUGUUACACGUCUCCCUGAAGUGAUUAACACUGAGCUGGAUUUGGCUUUAAAGUGUGAACAAGCUAAAUUUCUGAUAGUAGGAAAUACUGAUGUGUAAGGUUUUUCCAAAUUUACUAAGAGUCAAAUAUUUAUCAUUGUCAAAUGCUGCCAUGUUUGAAUGCUGAAUAAUAAAAAGAAAAGAAAAUCUACCAGCUAAAAUCAGAGGGGAGACUGUGUGUUUCUUUCAGAAGUUUUGAUAUAACUUGCUGCUCAUAGCCAAGAUAUUAUUUAGAUGUACAGGACUGAGAUGUUUUUCCUUUUUUUUCUUGUUAAAAAGCAAUAUUUUGAUGACUGUACAAUGACGAGGCAAGAGUUGCACUUGUUUGUGUUGGGUUAUAGAUUCAAAUGCUGAUGUAUCUAUUGGAAUUAUUCUGCUCUUAAUGUUGAAACCAUAUAAAUAACAACAAACCAAACUGGUAUUUUCUAUGAGGAGCAGUGGAAGAAGGACUGUCUGGGUUUUUGCAGAGCCAUUGAUAGAAAGAGUUUGACCUGGUUGCACUUUGGGUACCGCCCUCAUCUGGAACUUAGAUCCUUUAGCUGCAAAUACUCUAUGUAACAAUAGUUUGAGAAGAAGGAUGAGUUAUUUAGCCAUAGCGACAAAGGAGGAUUGCCCAUCUUCCAUGGCUGCCCCUGAAAACUGCUAAGGCCAAACUGUGUCUAUCUACAGCUCUACAGUGUUUAGUCAUUUAGUUGUAUUUAACCCCAAAUGUAACUGCCACUUGUACUGCAGCUAACCCUGCAGUCUGAAUUUGCAAAUAAGAAGAAAAUAUUUAAGGGAGAGAGAAAGUUGACACAUUUGGAUAAAAAGGAUAUUUAAAGGAUUUUUAAAAAGACCCUUGUGUGGUGGAAAAGAGUUGUGGAAGAGAGAAGACCCUGUAGUGUUAUUAAAAACAUGUCUGUAGAUUUUAGAUGUGCUUCACAUCAGUAAAUUCAAAAAAAAAAAAAAAAGAAAAAAGAUAAACAAUUACCUGUAUAUUUUUGUGACGUGUAUCAUACAAGUGUGCUCCAACAAUAAUGUCCAUUUGUGUAAAUGUAUUUAUUUCACAUUGUAUAUAUUGUUCAAUGCAAAAAGAGAGACCUAUGAUUCUGUAACUUAAACUACUAUGGGUUGAAACAUUACAUGUGUUACUCCAGACUAUGCCUUUCAGGAUUAUUACAGUAGAGCAAUAUCAAUUAAAACCAGGCUUCCAGUUUUGAAA